GUUUGAAUCCUGGAGCUCCGUAGAAGGCGCUCCGACACGAAACAAAGAAGCAGACUGCUCAAGCACUGACCUGACUGAACCGCCAGCUUUACUUUAAAUGAUGGGCAAAAAGCACAAGAAACACAAAUCAGAGAAGCACACACACGAUGAGCGUCCUCUGAAGCUGGUGUUGAAAGUGGCUGGGAAUGAGGUCACCACCGGCAGCCCUAGCCUCGAGAGCGUUUACGACGACUCUGUAGAUUACGACAAACACAAAGACAAGAAAAAGAAGAAGAAAAAGAAGGACGAGAAGGACAGAGCCAGUCCUCCAGUGUCACCGGCUGACAAAAAGAAAAAGAUGACCAAAAAAAGGAAGGGCCCAGACUCUGUGCAUCCAGACUGGGAUGAGCAGAGCAGAACUCCUGCUCGCUCCGACGUGUCCCAGGACAAGCCCCUCACUCCCUCACUUGCCAGAAUGGAAGAAAAAGAGCAGACGCCUCUACAGGAAGCUCUGAGUCAGCUCAUUCGACAGCUCCAGAGGAAGGACCCAAGUGCGUUCUUCUCAUUUCCUGUGACAGACCUGAUCGCUCCAGCGUACUCUCUCAUUAUAAAGAGACCCAUGGACUUCAGCACUAUGAAGGAGAAAGUGAAGAAGGAGCAAUACCAGUCACUUGAGGAGCUCAAGCUGGAUUUCAAAGUGAUGUGUGAGAAUGCUAUGAUCUACAACAAACCAGAGACCAUUUACUACAAAGCUGCAAAGAAACUCCUUCACUCCGGAAUGAAGAUCUUGAGCACGGAGAGACUGGACAGUUUGAAACAGAGCAUCGAGUUCAUGGCUGGCCUGCAGACAUCCAGCAGGCAUUCAGCAGAAGAUGGAGAGGAUGAGGGCGGGACAUCAGACGCUGCCAAAGAGAACUCCUCUGUUAUGGACACAAGUGACAACUCCCAAUCACCCCGUGUCGGGAACAAAGAUACGCCAAGCAGGGACAGUAAAGAUGAUGCUAAGAGCCAAGCAGAGAAAGAGCUGGAGGAGAUCAAGAAGAUGGUUGAGGAUUCUGAAGGGAAACUCUCAAACAGAAGCCUGCAGUGUGAGCUGGAGUUUGAGAGGAGGAAGUCUGAUGGUUCAACCACUCUGGGCAUUGUGAACCCCGCCGACCUGAGCGCUGGAGAUCCAGGAUACUGCCCAGUCAAAUUGGGCAUGAUGGGAGGGAGACUGCAGACUGGAAUCAACACCCUUCAGGGUUUCAAAGAGGACAAGAGAAACAUGGUCACUCCAGUUGCCUAUAUGAAUUACUGCCCAUUCAGCUCAUAUGCUCCUACAUAUGACUCCAGUUUUGCCAAUAUCAGCAAAGAGGACUCUGAUCUCAUUUACUCCUUCUAUGGAGAGGACAGCAGUCAGCCAGAAUCUGAAAGCAUUGCAGAUUACCUGGCUAAAUCGGAGGAACACAUGAGCAGGUUGGCAGAUAAUGUAUUGGACGCUUUGACCAGUGGAGAGCACUCAAGACAGCUGAAAGAGACAGAAACCGAUAAUGUGCCCACGGAGGAGACUGCAGAGAAAGUAGACGCAACAGAUGAUGCUGAGGUUGUUGUGUCAGAGCCCAGCAGUGGUGACAGUGUGACGGCUCUUGGUUCUUUGGGUUUGAAUCCUGACCUGCUUCCUGAGAACUCCGACUCGGAAGGACCAGAGCAUUUCCAGCAGAAGCUGGAUGAGACGACAGUGUUGCUGAGGGAGCUGCAGAAGGUUCAGAAAGAAAGAUUGAGCGCUAAACAGCCACCAAACAUCAUCUGCCUACUGGCGCCUACUGCUAAAGAGCUGCAGCUUGCGGAGAAAGUUACAGGUAACCUGGCGCAGCUGACCAGUCAGGUGACCCCUGGUGAUGUGUGCAGUGUGUACGGUAUCAGAAAGGCCAUGGGGAUCUCGCUACCUAACCAUACUGCACAGGACUCGUUCAUACACCUGACCACAGUGGGAGAUAUGACUGAACCCAUGGAGGGAGUGUGUUGAGAUCCUCCAUCGCUGCAGUCGAUCAGUUCUGCUUCUUCCAUGUCAUCCCUCAAUGGUGCUGUUUCUAAUUUACUUUUCUGUUUCAUUAAAUAAGCAUCUUUUUUUGAGCAUUUUGUGUUUUAUUCUUAAGUUUAAAAAGCGAGUAAUAUAGCAAUAAACAGUUAAUUUAAAGGGAUAGUUCACUCAAAACUGAAAAUGUAAAUAAUUUACUAAUCCUCAUGUUUUGGCACACAAAUUAAGUUUUUUUUUUCUCAUCAUUUUUGUCUUUCCACUGAAAGUCCACACAACCAAAACUUAACCACUUCUGAAUUCACUGAAUUCACUCAAGACUUCACAAGAGCACAUUUAGUUAAGGAUUUGAAGAAGCACAUCAUAAAGCUUUUCAAAUCUAGCAGAUGGAAGCUCACAUGUGCUUGCGAGCACAAACCUCAUUCGUUCUCGUACGUCAACACGUUUAGAGUUUACAUAAACCAUAUUUGAUGUGCUGUAUGUAUGUGCGAUUAUCAAUGUUUGUACUUUGUUUUUGAAGACUAAUGUCGGUCUUACGGGCUUGUAAUGAGAUGAGGGUGAGUAAAUGAACCGUAGCAGCACGGGUAGUGUUUGUAAACUUUAGAAUAAAAUACGAAAUGGUUUGAA